AUGUCCCUGUGGCUUUCUCUAAUACCGCAGUUGCACCGGCCAGGCACAGAUAUGCCAGACACUGGAAUGAGACAUCAUCAUUUCCAGGAAGAUAAUGCGAGUUACUAUGAAGGUGCUGUAAGACCACAGUCCAUGUCAAAAGCGCAUGUGCCACAUGUAGUAAACGUCGACAGCAACCGAGGUGGAGACCCUCGAAGCACAUUAACACCAAAAGCAUCUCCACCCCGACCAUCAGUAGCUCCUCCCGUCCCAUCCACUGACUGCCCACCGAACACAACAGCUACAUCAGUUCAGCCUGACGAUGCAUUGCUUCGUCGUCUCGCAUCCUCACACUAUCAGUCUUACACAGCGGCCUUAACAGUCACAAUAGCGGUUGGCUGUUUCCUUUUGCUUCUGAAUGUGUUAAUAUUCGCUGGUAUAUAUCACCAACGAGGCUCCAGGCCUCGACGUUCAAAAGACGAUCUCGGGGAUGCCGAGAGCUCUUCUUCGUCUGACAACUACGAUGGAAAGCUAGAUUAUGAAGUGCGUGCUUUUGACGGUAAAGGUUUUGGUUUUGAAUGUAAGUCAGCGCAUGUGCCUCGCGGCUCUGGCUCCAAAUUUGAUUUACGGACGUUGUCGGAUUGUGGGGAACCAACAUUUGGAGAGUACAGCUGUUACGAUGAGAAGCAUCGAGCGGCGCGGAGUUCGUUGCCCGAUGUAAGUGUAGGUAGUGCGAUAGAGGCUGGAAGUGUUGUGUGCAUAGAUACCCAAAAACCGGACAUUCAGAAAGUAGAAGGCCGGCAGGAAUCCGUAGGCAGAACUAGCACGUUUGAACCACGCGUAGUGGAUAGUUCGACGCAAGUAAAAUUCGGUCCAGUGCCUGAUUCAGAAGCUGCCUCGGAGUCGAAUGGUGAGUCUGAAUCUGGCGGUGCGAGUGGUUCUGGUAUACUUCGAGUACCACCAGCGGCUACUACGCCGGCACCACCUGGUAUAAUGAAAAAGCGUGUCCAAAUACAGGAGAUAUCCGUAUGAGGGUACCUCGACUCCGUCGAAGUUGUAGUGAAUAAAAGGACAAAGUUGUGAUUUUAAAUGUAGUAUACUAUUGUAUAUAAACAGUAAGUUAAUGUAUUGUAUAUAUAAUUAACGACUAUUCAAAUAAUGCAUUUGUGACUAAUCUAAUUGUUACAAGUAAAUCAUUCUGCUAAAUUUUUCUAAAAGUAAAAUGGAUAUACUAUUUCAUAUUUGAUGAUUCAGGAAUACAUUAAUAGCAGUUAUGAAGAGCUUGUGAGAAUAUGUUAUAUUAAUUCUAAUUUUGUUUAUUAUCUAUUAAUUCAAUUAUGUUAAAAUUAUAAACUGAUUUUUUUUCCUUUUUUGUUUUAUUUCGAUAGCAGACACUACUUAUCUAUUACUUUAUUGCUCCCUUCGGAUUUGUAUUGAAGGAAUUGUAGGUUCUUGUGAACAUAUUCGUAUAUAAUGAAUGUGAAUAUAACAAUAAAUUAGAUAAAAAAGACUUAAGGAGAACCCAGGUUAGAGUGUAAAUAUUGUGAAACAAAGUGUUUCGAGUAUGUAGUUAAAAAUAAUUCUAUGCAUCAUGUACGUUGGAACUUUUUAUAUAGUUAAUUUAAGUGAGCUGUGUUGAUUUCAGUAGUUUUUGAUAAGUAAAUAUUUAAAAUUAAUUGUAAAAUGGAUGAGUACUUAAGUGAGGAAUUUUAUAAUAUGUAAGUUAUAUAUGAGAAGAAUUAGUGUCAAAUAUAUUAUUUGUGGAUCCAAAAAAGCUAUGAGCUUUAUGAAAUUUCGGUUAUUUUUAACAUUUUAAGGUAAUCAGGGUAAUAGACCAUAUUGAAUCAGUUUAUAUAAAAGUUUAUAACUAUAAUUAUUAGUACACAAUAUCUUUAAUUAUCACUAUUGUUUAAAAUAAUGAAAUAUUCUUGAUGGAAAAUGCUUACAAAAUCCACAAUCCGUGUCCAUCCAAAGUGGUUUUUUGAAGCAUUUUACAUUGAGAUUAUUUUCCAGUAUAGCAUUAUGAAUGCCAAAUUGGUCUCAAAACGAUCAAAACGAUCAAAUAUGCAAAAGAACAGAUGCAAAAAGGUUGAUUACAAAGUUAAUUAAAACUAUCGUCAUUAUUUGCUUGCCCUUGUUCUCUAUACAUUUAUAUAUAUUAUGAAUGUGUAUUUUAUUUGAAGCAAGCGCAAGGACCAUGAUAAUAUAUUAAAAGGAACACUUGAAAACAAUAAAAUGUUUAUUAAAAAUAUGCCCAAAUAACAAGUUUCUAAAUCGGCAACUUAUUAGAUUCAUAAGGUUCUAUAAAUAUACUGUUAUAACUAGAAAACAGGCAAAAUUUUGUUAAAUUAUUGCAUGUAAAAAUAUACCUGAGUGGCCCAAUUGUCAAAUUUUAAAACCAAUCGCAAUUCCUUUUAAUUUCAAAUUUGAAAGAUAUUCACGAACUUCACGCUACAAUUAUGUAACUUAAGAUAUCGAUUGCAAUCACGACUUGUUUUUUUAAGAUAUUGAAUGAACGAUAUCAUUAAUUUGACGCAAUUGGAAUUGUCUAAGCAAAGUGAUAUAUACUUGAAAGCUAUUAUUUUAUUUAUUUAUUUUAUUUAUUUAGGAAACAAACAGUCGUUUACAAUUGAUAUACAAACAAAACUUAGGUAACUUAUAGACCUGACAGUUCCAUUACUAAAUACGAGUACUAACAAAAUUAAUUGCUUACUAUUAGCAAUGGUGAAUAUUACCCGAAAGAGUUGAAUGCUAACUGCAAUCUUUUUACGGAAGUAAUAAAGUUUUUGUUAUGUUUCUUAAUCGUUCAAAUCAUCAUUCAUUCCAAAAGCAAUUGCGACUUUAAUAGUUUUACAAUUCCAUAAAUCGCUCUGCCAUUGUAAGAGAAUGUGAUAAAUUUUAAAAUUAGGCAAUUAGCCCCCGGGUUUGGUUGAGGAGUGAUUAUUUUAUUUAACCCUCUUUCUCGCUUUAGACUUUGGAAAAUACCUCAAAAAUAUUAAAAAUAAACAUAUAAUAUCCUCACUUUUGUACUCGUCCAAAUUUUUAUCUUCACAGGAAUUGAUGAUUGAUAAACUAAUGUUGAAUGAAUUAAUACUUAAUAUAACGCCAUUAUCCAUAUUGUGACAAAAUGUGAAUAGCCAAUGUAUCUUAAAGUUGAAUAUCGUCGAAUCAAGGAUUCGAAUUCGAAUUCUUCGAAUAAGAAUUAGGUAGGGUGAAUUGUAAAGUGUGGAAUUGAUUAAAUAUGACAUAAAACACUUCACUUAUAAUUAUUAUGUUAGAUAAUAUUAGUUUUUGGAAAAAAACAAACAGAUAUAUUUGUUGUUAUGUUGAAUAAAAAUAUAUUGUAUUGAUUAAAUACAUUGUUAUAUUUUCUGUUUAUAGUGAAAUAAUAUGAAUUUGAUCUUUUAUUUAAACAAUCGAGCAUUAAGAUUUUAAGUUUUAAUCAAUCAGCGUUAAUUCUACAAAAAUAAAAUAUUGGAAUAACCAACAUUUGAUUAAAAGAAAUUACUUUGAAUGAGAAAAAAUGUUCCAACUUAAAUAUAAAUUACGCAAGUUCAUUAAUUUAAUAUAGACACACUCAAAUGUUUUGAGUUAGGCCAAACUCUUGACAGCAAGAAAUAAUAUCCAGUUUGUAUUUUAAAAUUAUUCAUCUUAAAACGGGAAUAUGGAUGGUAGUAGUUUGCGUCAAAUUUAAAUAUUAUAAUUUAUAUACUAUGGUGUGUUGAUUAUUUAUUUUUAAUUUUAAAUAGAUCUGGAAAUAUCAACAGUCCUUAUACUAAACAGGUUAGCGAUUUUUUAAAACUUUAUCUCGUUUAAGUAAUUCGUAAAUAAUAAAAAAAAAAUGUAUUAGUUGAUUACUUAUUACUUUAAUAUUUAUAAUAGCGAUAAAAACUAUGAAAGAUUAAAUUAACUGAGCGAUGGACGGUUGACUGCCAGAAUACUCCAUUCGAACACCCUUUUUACUAACCUAUAACAAGGCAUAGCUAGGAAACUCCUUAUCUUACGAAUCCCCUAUGUUUUCC